UGGGAACCAACAGGUUGCUCUGUGUCGAUCCCUUGUAGGUCAAACUCUGCAAGUCCCCAAAACUGAGACAAGAAUAUUAACUCAAGAGAAGUAAGACCAUGAAGUCCGUUAUUUGUACAUUUCUAUUGGCUGCUGCUCUUCUCGAGGUAAAAGCAGAAACCAACGCCGUUGCCUUUUCCGCCGGACUCUCCAAAAACCUGGUUUUGGCCCACACCGAGAUCGUGGUCUACGACAGAAUCUUCACCAAUGUCGGCACCGGAUACGAUUCUAACACCGGCAAAUUUAGAUGUCCAACCAGCGGGGUCUAUGUUUUCCAAUUCCAUUCCGUAGCCAACCAGGAUAAAACCAUUUGGACAGAACUUUGGCACAACGGAUACUACAUUUGUUCAAUGUACGGACAUACUUCCGGUGAUUAUGCUUCCGGGGGAAAUUCGGUCGUUCUUCGCCUAACAAAGGGUGACGAGGUUUACGUGAAGGCCGUUGACCCCACAAACGGCGCCGCCACUAACAUGUACGGUGCCUCGGACGAGGUUUACUCCACAUUCUCUGGGUACAUGGUGGCCCCCGUGUACGAGGAAUUCCCCUCUGUUGUAGGAUAAAACAGUCCAAUCCACAGUUCAAAUCAAGUCUUAUUUGUGUUUUAUCAAAUAUAAGUAAAACAUUCUAAAAUUACAA